CGAGUCAAUAUCACGUGAUAAUUCAUAUCAGCUUGGGUGCUCCACCUGAGCGGUUCAACAUUUAUUUGCAACAUUCAUUUUAAAAGCUGUACGUGUUAACAUGACUUGCAGUUUUCUGUACGACAAGUAAAACGAGUCUAGGCAAUGCCAAGAUAAGCAACGCAUUGAUCCCAAAAAGCAGUUGGAAGAUGGAUGGAUUUAACUCUUUCAUAUAAACAUAGUAAAAUAAAGUGAGACUGUAUUAUUUAGUUUAUUUGUCACCACUACAAUAAUAGUCUCCAUCUCCAUGAAAAACCAAACUUUCUCCUAUCAUUUACAGAUUCGCAUUUCUCGCGCAAACAUUUUGGCCCUAACGGCUCGCCGUCGCAUGUUUUUUCGCGUUUGUUUUAUAGGACGUCUAAAAUGGCGGUGGAAGGUUCGUCCACGUCUCCACUAGGUCUGGCUUACCAUAAUGUUGGGGAUUAUUACCCCAGAAAACUCGGCCCCAAACCCGACGUUGUCCCUUCCGGGGUAACGGAAAGAAAAGUCAGCCCUUCGGAUAAGCCUGACAUGGUGGCCGUGGACGUUAUCAACAUCAAGGAGCCAGAUCUUCCAGUGCAUCGGAAGAAGCGGGAAACUGACACGUAUGUUUUGGGAACCAUCCAUCCUUUCCGGAAGACCCACAGAUCCUUCAUCGGCAAGUUUGCUCAAGAGUUUUGCUUGGUGGCUGCAGACAGACGGUCCUGGCGAAUCCUGCUGUUCGGGGCCCUCAACGUGGUCUGUGUCACCUGUCUACUCACCUGGUGCAACUCCUCCAACAGCAUGGCCUUAACUGCAUACAGCUACCUCACCAUCUUCGAUCUCUUCAGUUUGAUUACUUGUCUCAUAAGUUACUGGGUUACCAUGACGAAACCCAGCCCAGUCUACUCUUUCGGGUUUGAUCGGUUUGAAGUGCUGGCGGUCUUCGCCUCCACGGUGCUGGUGCAGCUGGGAUCCCUCUUCAUCCUCAAGGAGAGCGUGGAGCGAUUGAUGGAUCAGCCAGAAAUCCACACAGGCCGGCUACUGGUGGGGACCUUUGUGGGCCUAUUCUUUAACCUGAUGACCCUGCUGUCUGUGAAGAAUAAGCCCUUCGUUUACGUCUCGGAAGGUAAGCACGCUGCCCCCCCCCCGCCUCGCCUCCCCACUUCAGGGCUUCACCUGGCCAGCGGCCGUUGUGGCGUUCCUGCUGUGACUGGGUUUGGGCCCACAGGUUGGGUGGGGUCACGGCAAGGGCCAAUCGUCUUUCAGUGUCCCUGUGGCCCCGCCCCCCUGGUUUCCGUGUGCCCUAAUCGCAGCCCAUCCUGCAGCCUCUGCGGGGUCAUCCCAGGCCUCAGCGGCGUGCUCCUGCCGCGGAUGAACCCCUUCGUCCUGAUCAACCUGGCCGGCGCCCUGUCGCUCUGCGUCACUUACAUGCUCAUCGAGAUCAAUAACUACAGCGCCAUGGACACGGCCUCUGCUGUGAUCAUCGCCCUGAUGACCUUCGGCACCAUGUACCCGAUGAGCGUCUACAGCGGGAAGGUGCUGCUCCAGACCACGCCCUCCCACGUCAUUGGCCAGCUGGAUAAAGUGCUCCGAGAGGUCUCCACGCUGGAUGGAGUCUUAGAGGUCCGGAACGAGCACUUCUGGACGGUGGGCUUUGGCUCCUUGGCUGGCUCGAUCCACGUCCGCAUCCGCCGCGAUGCCAGCGAGCAAAUGGUCUUGGCCCAUGUGACCAGCCGCCUCCACACUCUGGUCUCCACGCUGACAGUUCAGAUCUUCAAGGAUGACUGGAUGCGGCCCCCCCUGGUGGCCAGCAGCCUCCCGGCAGGUGUGCUGGUCGCCUCGGACUACAGCGUCCUUCCCGGUGCCCCGGCACUGGCGGCCAAGUCGGCGGAGGAGCUGGACCCGCUGACCUCCACCCCGGCCAAGCUGAGCAGCCCCCCACCCGAAUUUUCCUUCAACACUCCGGGGAAGAGCAUCAACCCGGCCACGCUGCCCAUGGCGCACUUCCACAGGCCUCACAGCCUGGGGCUCGCCUACGGGGCGGCCGCAUAUAACAGCGCUAUUGGACAGGGCGCCGUGCGGCCGGGCUCUGGGCUCGGGAUGGGAGCAGGCCUCGGAGUGGGCGUCGGCCUUUCUCAUAAUCAGGCCUUCAGAACUGCCUUGGGCCCCGCGCCUUACCGGUAUGGGGCGCAGGCCCCCCCCACCCAGUUCACCCAGUUCAGACCCUGAGCCUGGAAAACGACAGAGCGAGAAAAGAUCGGUGUGGGGGGGGGGGCGGGUUGGCACAGCUUUUGUGUUAUUUAUUUUCCUGGGACCUGGACUCAUUUUCAGCAUUAAAGGUUUUCUAUCGUUAUUUUUGGUAUUAUUUCCCAGUGAGCGUUUGGGGUCCUAUGUAUGGUUUUUUGUAUCAUACACGUGCUCCAAAAAAGUGGGCGUCUCUGUUUAGGGGUCACAUGACCGGCCCGCUCCCGCAGCCGUCUGUCUGCCUUGCUUGUGUUUCUAAAUUCCCUUCCAGUGGUCCAUUCAGAAGCGAGAGAGUAGAAAGGGGCGUGGCGCUCAGCAUGGCUGUGCCUGUCGUCGCGGGAUGGGGGGGUGUGUGACCUCAUCGACUCUGAAGGGGAGUGGAUCAGAAUGCACUUUAAAUGGAGGCCGUCAGCUAGACUGUCAGUGUUUUUGGGAUUAAUGUGCAUUCUGGCCUAAUCUCCCAUGAGCAGAAUAGGACGUGUUACACUAAUCCUGCCGACCAGACUGGGGCUGCAGGGUCAUUUGUGUGGGGGAGGGGCAUAACUACCUGAGAGCCAAGCCGCCGCUACACGUUGGACGGGAGGAAUUCAUCCCUGUCUUUUUGAUCACGUUGCGGUGGCCCUGGAGAGAGUUUUGGCCAAUCGCAGGAGUCCUGGACACUACCACCCCCCCCCCCCUUUUCAGACUUUGGAAAUUGAACAACCGAAGCGUAUUAUACUGUGCGGCUUAUAUCGCAAACGGUACCUGUAUCAUUUUAAUACUCUUAAGGUUCCUCUGUGGAGCAAAAACUGUUAGAAUCCGAAGACUUACAUUCCAUUUAGUGCACAGGUUUUAGGAAUAAAAAUUAUUUACUGAA